AAUGGAUUUUUCAUAUGCCAAUUGUCAGAUCUUUCUUGAUACAUAUUGUAGAACUGAUUUAAAAUUUAAGAUGGAAGAUUAGUCAACAUGUUAAGAAUACUACAGCAAUAGUUGCUCCAAACUUUUUCUCCCCAAGGCAAGAAUUAGAAAAUUCCCCAAACAAGAAACCUACACUUGUUGCUCAUACAUUGGUUUCUCACCUCUUCAAAAAGCUCUCACCAAACAGCCCUUCAAUAUUGAUUCUCCCAACCGUAUUUUCCCAAUUUUAGGACAGUUCUUGAUCACUACUUAUCACCAGUUUUACUUUUCAUUUUUUUGGUUGAUCUGUUGUUCAUCAAUGUUUAGCUGAUCAUCAUCAUCAUCAUCUCCACAAUCAACAGCAACCCAUAGCCCUAGUUAUAAUUAUUAGCCUUUUUCUUACAACUAUGGUGCUGCUGUUGAGGAAGAUGUUCAAGUCCACUUCAGCCAAAGCCCUGAUCAUCAGAAUCAACCUUGUUUUCUUAGCAUUCUUCUUGAUCCUUUAUGUGAUCCUUUUACUAUGUCCUGCCGCCGCCGAUUACCACCAGCAUGCCGCCACAUUAGUGCGGUGCUCCUUCCGCGAUUGCCAUCAUAAGAUGGAAGCAGUGUUGGAAAUGUCCGAAAAUGGAGUUCAAUCAAAGCCGCGGAGGGAGCUGAUCAAACGGGAGAAUCCGAGCUUCCUUAGCAGCAUCGGGACAGGCAUGAGGAUCGCGAUGGUGAACAUGGAGGAUGAGGAUGUGUCCGAAUGGAACGAGCUAGGACAGAUUUUCCACGUCCAGUUCGAUAGAGUAUCCGAGCUCCUCAAAUGGAAGGAUAUUUUCCCGGAAUGGAUAGACGAGGAAGAAGAGUACUCGGGAUCGUAUUGCCCCGAAGUUCCAAUGCCCAAUUGGGACAUGUUCAAGAAGAACAUCGACGUGAUUGUCGCCAAGCUGCCUUGCAGGGCGCCAGAGGAGGGAUGGAACAGAGAUCUUUUCAGGCUUCAGGUGCAUUUGGUGGCGGCAAACAUGGCGGUGAGGAAAGGGCGGCGUGAUUCGAGAGGGACUAUCAAACUAGUGUUCGUAAGCAAGUGUACGCCAAUGGUCGAGAUUUUCCGGUGCGACGACGUGGUGAAGAAGGAGGGCGAGUGGUGGUACUUCCAGCCGGAAAUGGCGAGGCUGGAGCAGAAGGUAUUGCUCCCCGUCGGGUCAUGUAAUUUGGCCCUGCCUCUGUGGGAUAAAGGAAUCGACAGAGUGUACGAUGUAUCGAAGCUUAAGGCUAAGGCCGAAGCGGAGGUGCCGCGGAGGCGGGAAGCGUACGUGACGGUUCUGCACUCGUCGGAAUCCUAUGUCUGCGGCGCAAUAACGCUGGCGCGGAGCCUGAUCGGGACAGGGACACGGCGGGAGCUGAUUCUGCUGCUGGAUACGUCGAUCUCGGUGGAGAAACGGGCGGCGCUGGCGACGGCGGGAUGGAGCCUCCGGUUCAUCGAACGGAUUCGGAAUCCGAGGGCAGAGAAGGACUCGUACAAUGAGUAUAAUUACAGCAAGUUCCGGCUAUGGCAGCUCACCGACUAUGAAAAGGUGAUCUUCAUCGAUUCCGACGUGGUGGUCCUCCGCAACAUGGACUUGCUCUUCGAGUUCCCGCAGAUGUCGGCGACCGGCAACGACGGCUGGAUCUUCAAUUCGGGAGUUAUGGUGAUCGAGCCGUCGAAUUGCACCUUCCGGAUGUUGAUGCAACGGAGGCACGAGAUCGUCUCGUACAACGGCGGCGACCAGGGGUUUCUGAACGAGGUGUUCGUCUGGUGGCACCGCCUGCCGCGGCGGGUCAAUUUUCUGAAGAAUUUCUGGUCGAAUUCGUCGAUUGAGGAGAGCGUGAAGAAUCAGCUGCUCGGGGCGGAGCCGGCGAAGGUGUAUUCGGUGCACUAUUUGGGGCUGAAGCCAUGGAUGUGUUACAGAGACUAUGACUGUAAUUGGAACGUCGCCGAUCAGCGCGUGUACGCCAGCGAUGAGGCGCACCGGCGGUGGUGGAAGCUGCACGACGGAAUGGAGGAGGAGUUGCAGAAGGUGUGCAGGCUGAGCAAGCGCCGGAAAAUUGAGCUGGCGUGGGAUAGGAAGGUUGCUAGCAAGAUGGGAUUUCAGGAUGGCCAUUGGAGGAUCAACGUUACAGAUGUGAGAAAAUUCAUUUGAUUUUUCGUUAUAUUAUAUAUAUAUGUAUGUAUGUAUGUAUGUGUUUCAUUUUUUGACGGCAGUGAAUUUUUAUAUGUAGAAAUUUUUUGUUAUUAUUUUAGCAAAAAAAAAAUAACAUAUGAUUGGCUGUGGGACAAUUGUUUUUUUAAAAAUAAAAAAUAAAAAAUGAGAGGAAUUAUUUAUGAAAGAAGUGGAAGAACAA